AUGGCAUCUUCACUUUCUCGCGUCGUUGGCCGAGUGCCGAAGACGCUAGGCCGUCAUCAAUUGCCCUUCACAGCGUCAGUCUCGUGCUCCCGGCAUAUGAGCACCACCUCCCGACGAGCUGCCGAACCUCAACCCUACCAAGCGACGAGACUGAUCCCGACUGAUCCCGCAUUUGCGCACCUUGCAAACAAGGCAGGUCCCCCAAGUGCUGAGAAAGGUGCGGCUUUAGAGUCCACAAGUGAUACCGGCAAUCGCAAGAUACGCCACUAUACCGUGAACUUUGGCCCGCAACAUCCAGCCGCGCACGGCGUGUUGCGUUUGAUCCUGGAACUCAAUGGCGAAGAAAUCGUUCGCGCCGACCCUCACGUCGGUCUCUUGCAUCGUGGCACAGAGAAAUUGAUCGAGUACAAGACAUACAUGCAAGCUCUGCCUUACUUCGACCGCUUAGAUUAUGUUUCCAUGAUGACCAACGAGCAAUGUUACUCGCUGGCUGUUGAGAAACUCCUCAAUAUUGAAAUUCCGGAUCGCGCUAAAUGGAUCCGAACAUUGUUUGGAGAAAUCACACGUAUUUUGAACCAUCUUAUGUCUGUCCUUUCUCAUGCCAUGGACGUCGGCGCCCUUACACCCUUUUUGUGGGGUUUCGAAGAGCGAGAAAAGCUUAUGGAAUUCUACGAGCGUGUUUCUGGUGCUCGUUUGCAUGCUGCAUACGUGCGACCCGGCGGCGUUUCGCAAGAUCUUCCUCUUGGUUUGCUUGAUGAUAUCUAUCAAUGGGCAACCCAAUUCGGCGAUCGUAUUGACGAAACGGAGGAACUACUGACAGAUAACCGUAUCUGGAAAGCUAGAACACAAGGAGUUGGUGUUGUCAGCGCUGCAGAUGCCCUCAACAUGAGCUUCACUGGUGUCAUGCUUCGGGGCUCUGGCGUGCCAUGGGAUAUCCGCAAAUCCCAGCCAUACGAUGCCUACGGCCAAGUCGAGUUUGAUGUUCCAGUGGGUGUGAACGGUGACUGCUAUGACCGAUAUCUCUGCCGUAUGGAGGAAUUCCGUCAAUCCCUCCGUAUUAUUCACCAAUGUUUGAACAAGAUGCCGGCCGGCCCAGUCAAGGUUGAAGACUACAAGAUCAGCCCGCCCCCUCGUGCUGCCAUGAAGGAGAACAUGGAAGCCUUGAUUCACCACUUUUUGCUCUUCACCAAGGGAUACUCUGUCCCCCCCGGUGAGACAUACUCGGCUAUCGAAGCCCCCAAGGGUGAAAUGGGUGUAUUCAUUGUCAGCGAUGGCAGCGAACGCCCAUACCGCUGCAAGAUCCGUGCCCCUGGAUUCGCCCACCUUGGAGGUUUCGAUCAGGUUUCCCGAGGCCAUUUACUCGCUGACGCCGUGGCCAUCAUUGGUACUAUGGAUUUGGUGUUCGGUGAAGUCGACCGAUAA